UUGAGCCUUCGAAAUUACUCCUCCAUUGAAAUGGUGUAACAGAAGAAAGAAAGUAAAAAUCUGUAAAUGUUAAAAUUGGUCGGACAAUCGAUUACAAGGGUUGAGCUGAAACUCCAAGGUCUCCGGAGAUGGAUGAGCAGUGCUGUAGUGAUGAGUUUUGGAGAUGGGAGCCAAGGUGCGGUGGGACUGCCCACCUCAACGACGGGUCACGGUGGCGACGCCUACGAGCCCACACGAGUCCCUGGCCUCCCCUCCGAUGUAACAAGUGUUGCUGCGGGACACUACCACUCCUUGGCUCUCACUUCCCAAGCCCAACUUUGGGCUUGGGGCCGAAACAACGAAGCCCAGCUCGGCCGUGGCCCUCUUGAUCCCAGAGAUUCAUGGAAUGAGCCAAAGAGAGUAGAAGGGUUGGAUAAAGUGAAUGUUUGUGCUGCAUUUGCAUCUGGGGUCGUUUCUGCUGCCAUUGGAGAUGAUGGGUCUUUGUGGGUGUGGGGAAAGUCUAAGCGUGGACAGCUUGGUCUUGGAAAAGGUAUCAUCGAGGCUGUUGUGCCUUCCAGAGUUGAAGCACUUUCAGGAGAAAAGAUUGCCAAGGUGUCAUUUGGUUGGGGGCAUGCGCUUGCACUGACUGAGGAUGGGAAAUUGUUUGGCUGGGGUUAUUCAGCUGAUGCUAGGUUGGGAAAGGUUGGGGAAUCUGUCGAGAAGUCUCCUUUGGAGUCGAAUGCUGGUAUAUCUGAAAACAAUGGACAACUCUCAAGCUCAGCGUUUGAAGUUGCCGAGAAGUUGGUUUUAGAAGGAAUUGAGAAGGAGAAAGACAUGCCAAUAGUCUGGGACCCUAGUUUAGUGGAAGAACUACAUGGUGUUGAAGUUGUUGACAUUUCGUGCGGGCUUGAUCAUUCCUUAGUUCUUUGCCGUAAUGGCACCCUGUUGAGCUGUGGGAGCAAUGUGUAUGGUCAGUUGGGCAGAGUGAAGCAAGAUUUGGGAAUGUUGCCAGUUGACAUAAGCUCUGUUCCUUUGUCCAUAGCGUCAGGGCUUGGACAUUCUUUGGCAAUUUGCCGGGUUGCAUCAUCAGAAACUGUAGGAGAUGACACAAAUAUAGUUUCGUGGGGAUGGAACCAGAGUUCUCAGCUUGGAAGGACAGGGCCAUCGAAUGUGCCAUUGGUGGUUGAAGGAUUGGCUGAGGAAAUUCCUGUCUCAGUGUCAGGAGGGCGUGUACAUUCCAUUGUUCUCACAUCUAAGGGAGAAGUGUGGGUUUGGGGCUGUGGUAAGAAUGGCAGACUUGGAUUAGGAAGCUCCUGUGAUGAAGCUGAGCCAAUUUUACUGGACUCUUUAGAAGGCUGUGAGGUUUUACAAGUUGUUUCCGGCUUUGAUCAUAAUCUAGUGUUGAUUGCAGAAUGAUGUAGUCUCUGUAGUUGAAUUA